AUGGACUGUGUGGAGGUACAACCGCACGUAAGCCUACGCGAAGGGCAGGUCCAGCCAGUAGUGCUGACAGUGGGAGAUCCCAAACGUGUUGAUGCUGUCUUAGAGCUGUGCGACUCGUAUGAACAUCUGUCAUACAACAGAGAAUACAAAUCUGCGACGGCAGAAAUCGACGGAGAAAAGAUUACAGUCAUCUCCCACGGUGUAGGGGCAGCAGGCGCCAUGAUCUGUUUUGAGGAACUCAUUAAACUAGGGGCCAAAGUUAUCAUAAGAGCUGGCACUUGCGGCAGUCUGAAACCAGACAAAAUCAAGACAGGAGAUAUUUUUGUACCCUACGCUAUGGCGAGGGACCCCGACGCGACCGAGCUGUAUGCAUCAAAACGGCUACCAGCCGUAUCUUCUCCCCGUAUUUAUCAGGCGCUGUUGCGGUCAGCAGCAUCCCUGGAGAUUAAAGUGUUGACAGGAAUUGGUUUAUCCAGUGGCUUGUUCUACGGAAGGACGACCGAGCAUCUAAACCAUCUCAGAAGAUGGGGGGAGCUGACGGAUGUUGUAGAGUGCGAACUGCAGGCGCUCUUCCUGGUGGGAUUGGCUAGAGGGAUUGAAACUGGAGGCAUCAUUACGGUUGAUGGCUCGCCUUUAGAGUGGGAUAAAGUGAGGCUUGCCAAAUCUGCUUACACGCAUCUUUUUCUCUAG